AUGUGGCAUUUAGAAGGCGAUGCACUCAGUUGCCUCCGGACAGGAAUAGAUGAAGGAAUCGGAGAAGAAGACGCAAAGAAAAAAUCUCCCUUCAGUGCGCCCAUCAUAUCAUGUAAUAGACAUUACAUAUCAUCCCACAACAGGGAAGGAUUUAGUGCAAAGUUUAACGAGGUAAAACAUGCGUUAGAAAACGAAACGAAAGAGUAUGAGAUCGAGGGCGGGUGGAGGAUAGAAAAGGAGGCGGAAGAUAAGGAGGAAUGGGUUAUGUUUUGUGGAUGGGAGAGUGUGGAGAAACACAUGGCUUUUAGUAAGAAGGAGAGCUUUAAAGAGUGGAGUGGGAUUGUGGAUUGGGUGGAGGGGUUUGAGGUUAGGCAUUUAAGAUUGAUUGAGGGGUUGUGA